CACUAAACGAAGCCCAAAAGUUCACCCCCAAAUUCAGCAUCUACCCAUAUUCGACCGAUUCAGUCGUCUCUUUGAACCCUCGUCUCCUCUGCUAGGUUAUCGAUUUUCCAUUUCUGCUUUUGCUCGAUUACCUUCAGGCUUUUAUCAAAUCUCAGGAUGGCGGAGGAAGCACCCUUUAGACCAAGAGAGCAGCUUAUUGAGAAGCAAAGAUUGUUUCAAAGCAUCCACAAACACACCCAUUUGAAAAGUCCAGCGGACAAGAUCACCUCGGUUGCAAUCCCUCUUGCUUUAGCGGGUUCUUGCCUGUUUCUCAUUGGACGAGGAAUCUAUAACAUGUCUCAUGGGAUUGGAAAGAAGGAAUGAGAAUACGAAUCAUGAAGCGUCUAAUUUGAAGGCGCAUGAACGGUUUUCUACUUUCGAAAUUUAUAUUCAUAUUUAGACCCUCAUGUUGUUUCAAGUUUCUGUUUUUAUAAAUCUUUAAUAAUUACUUGGUAACAGACAUGUUGCUAACAUUUGUGGUUUGAUAUUUUGAUAUCAGCUUUCAGCAAUCAAUUAUUUGUUUGCAUCUUGUUAAA